CGUGUCAGUGCGAAGAGUGGCCUAGCUGCGUUAAACCAGCCCCUUGGUCGCAAAAGAGUUCCCAUAACGCGACAUCCACACCAUAAUGGAUGAAUCAAGUCGAUUGCUUCCACGCACCCCCGUGGUUGAGGACUGCAACGUGCCAGCGACGCGCAGAAAACCUCUGGUGGCUUACUUGGUACCAUUCGUGAUAAUUUUGUCGAUAUCCCGUGGAAUCACUAUUGGCUCUCGUGUCCAAGUAUACAUGGAUAUAGCGUGCAAAGAGAGCGUCAAUAAAUACGAUUCGAACACUGAUCUGCACUCGACGCCCUAUGCCUUGGAUCAUUUUGCAUUCAGCUUACGACGAUCGGCCACCCCUCCAGGGCAUGAAGUAUAUCUCCCAAAUAUCCAACUACCUACCACUUCCACGUCAUCAUUCUCUCCUUCGAAGGAUUGCGUAGCUUCUCCUGCUGUUCAGGCGUCUGCUGCCGAGUUACAGGCUCUAGCAUUGACUCUCAAUGGAGCUCUUAGCGCUGUUACCACUGGCUUCUGGGGUACCUCGGGCGACAAGUAUGGGCGUACUCGAGUGAUGACUUUUCUAAUCUUGGGUUUGAUGUUUUGGGACCUCAUGUUCUCGGUAGUUUGUAGUCCACAAUUCGCGACAUCACCACGUGCUGCCCGUAUUCUGGUCGUCUUCGGCGCCAUAGUUGAAGGUUUGAUGGGGAGCUGGGCGACUUUUUUCGCUACUAUGAACGCCUACAUCUCAGACUGCUCAGAACCAGGUGCCAGAGCUGGCUUGUUCUCCUCAUAUGGAGGACUCUACUAUGGGGGUAUUGCCAUCGGACCAGCCAUAGGCUCAGCGUUUCUACGCAUCUCGGACUCACCAGAGUUGUCGAACAACUUUUACCUUGCCUUGUUUUCCAAUCUCAUCGUAUUGAUUUACGUCACUUUUGCACUCCCCGAGAGCCUCGAUCCCGAGGAGAAGGAACGCCUGCGUAUAGGACGAGAAGCGCGGAAAAAGAAAGAAUCGGCACAAUGGAUGACUGAACUUUCUCAGUACCCUCGUGAUCACUCCUAUUAUUAUUUGCGUUUGCGUCGUAGCUUGAGGAAGGUAUUCAGAUUUCUGGCGCCGUUGUCCGUCCUCGCCCCAAGGGUGUCUCCUGAAUAUGGUGGUUCCGAUGAAUCAGGGAUUCCCAGGCGGAAGCCUUUCUGGCGGUGGGAUUGGGAUCUGACGCUAAUUGGAAUAGCGUUAUGGUGUGCAUAUCUCAGUAUGGGGAUUUUUCCAAACAAGUACUUGUAUGCGGAACACGUUUACAACUGGACACCGGAGGAGCUUGGGUAUUACAUAAUGUCAGUUGCAGCUGUUCGCGCCUUUUGGCUAGUGAUCGCUCUUCCUGCUCUUAUUCAAGCAUUCAAACCUCGCCUUCCCAAACCCAUAUCGGAGGUCGCAACCGGACACACGACCACGACCACGACCACGACCACUUCAGUAAAUGAAGUCACUGCCGCACGCCGCAGAACAUACUUGCUCCCCAUCAUACGCUUCGAUCUCCGUCUCGCUCAGCUAUCCGUGCUAUGCGACACGAUCGCAUUCACGCUCACCGGUAUUACAUCCUCCCAAACUGCAUUUAUCAUCACCACUGGCUUGAGUAGCCUCGGCGGGGGCAUGCCACCCGCCUCCCAAAGCUUAGCUUUAGCCUUAGCAGUGGUGGACGGCCGUGGACGUGAAACUAAAGUCGUUUUUUCCGCCGCUCGUGAUGGUGAUGCUCCCACGGAUGCCGGUAGCAGCAAUGAGAAUGCUUCUGUCUCGUUCGAUGAUGAAGAAGAUGAGGCGGAGGCGGAGGCGGCGAAUGUCGAAAAUGUUGGGGUAGGGGAGGUGUUUGGGGCGAUAAGCGUACUACAGGCAGUCGGGCAAACGAUCAUCGGGCCGCUCCUGAUGGGGGAGGUCUACGCGUGUACCGUCGGGUUCUUUCCGCGCAUGAUGUUCUUGACAGGUGCAGGUUUGUUGCUUGUGGCCUUCAUUUCCUUGUGCCUCGUAAAUCCUGCCGUCAAGAUACCGCCACAACAGAGUUUGGAAAGGAGAAAUGAGUCAUGACGAAGGGGGGGGGGGACACAGUUUUACAAAU